AUGAUUUCUUCGAAGGAUGCAUUCGCCAUGGAACAACGAUUUCGAAGAGCUAACAUUUCCUAUGAGAUUCGUGUGCCGGAUGUCGAAAAGUUGAUCAUCAGAAAUGAACGAAUGACCCGACCUUCACGAAGAGGCUACGGUCGACGUCUUCAAGACGACCCGAUAUUAGACAGUGAACCUGACGACGAUCUCUCACGAGUGGGAAAGCUGAAGAAAGCCAAGUACUCGUUCGGGGACUAUGCAUCGUACGCCGAUAUGAUAAAAUUCAUGCGUACCAUCGAAUUCUACUACCCUAACAUUACGAAAAUAGUUCGUCUUGGUACAACACAUGAAGGGAAACCUAUCGAAGGUAUGAAGAUUGGCUAUCCGAUCUCAUCGACAAAUAAACGAGCAAUUUGGGUAGAUGGCAAUAUUCAUGCUAGAGAAUGGGCGAGCAGUCAUACCGCACUCUAUUUUAUCAAUCAGCUCGUUUCCGGUUACGGUAAAGACGAUACGAUCACUCAUUAUGUGAACAGCCUGAACUUCUAUGUCAUGCCAUGCUUGAAUCCAGAUGGAUACGAGUUUACACGUUCGUCACCGAAUCCUAGUGUACGUCUAUGGCGUAAAAAUCGUUCACCGGAAAAGUGCCACCGCUCGCUAUGGGGUGGUGAAAAGUGCUGUAAAGGUGUUGAUUUAAACCGCAACUUUAAGUUCCAUUGGGCUGAAUCUGGCUCAUCGUUCGAACCGUGUUCAAAUAUCUAUCAUGGUGACCAUGUGUUCAGUGAACCAGAAUCACGCGCAGUGCGUGACUUUUUGAACACGGACGAACUACGUGGAAAGGUCGAUGGAUUCAUCACACUCCACUCGUACGCACAGCUAUGGAUCUAUCCGUAUAGUCAUGCUCAACAAAACUAUCCCAAAGACAUUAGCGAACUUCGUCGAACCGCUCGUCGCGCAAUCAACCGACUUCAUCGUCAAUACGGCACCGAAUAUCGCAUGGGAACUGGAGCCGACGUUUUAUCACCCGCAUCUGGUGGUUCUGACGACUGGGCAAAGUCGAAUGGCAUCAAGUAUGUCUACCUGGUCGAACUGAGGCCACAAUACGAAUUAUCAAAUGGAUUCAUUCUUCAUAAAAAAGAGCUGAUUCCGACAGCUGUUGAAACUUUUGAAGGUGUUAAGAGCUCCGCAUUCGACGACAACGAGAACGCUGCGUUCGACGAAAACGACACCAUUGCCGAAGAUUGUUGUGCCCACAAGGAAAUAGACGAUGUGACAUCGAAGACAACGCUGGCUGCAACGGAGGCGACAGUCUUAGCAACGACAUCGCGACGAACACCGGAAAUCGUCUUUUUCACUCACACUAAUCCGUCAACGUUCCGUGAUCCGAGCUGUCGUGACAUGCGCUACUCAUGCUCGUUCUGGCUACAGCAUAAUCCUGCUGUUUGUGCUGAACAAAAAAUUUUCAUGAAAGCGCAGUGUGCUUAUACAUGCAAGUUCUGUAUUUCGGCGAUGGAUGUCGCAGAUCAGCUGGCUAAACAUCAUCAGCUAAAGCAGAAACAGUAA